CAAAAACAAAUUUUGAUGUAUUUCUCCUAAUUACAGAAAAAGUUAAGAAACCACCAAGACUUACCCAUUGGCCACCAAUUAUCUGCACAUCCACAAGCAGGAAAAACAAGAUUCUUGUGUUCAAUUUCUGGGUUUGGGUCUGGAGUGGUAUUUCUUUCUUCAUCUUAUCAUUUACUUCUGAAAAAAAACCCUUUGAUCUUCAAGAGUCUGAAUUUGGUGAGGUUUUCUCUCUUCUCUCAAGCCAUUGGUUGGGAUAAUAGUAAUCCCAGUUUUUCUGAAUUUCGCAUUUGGAACCUGGGAUUCUAAGAAGUUUAGAGGAUAAAAAUUUACAGAGGAAUGAUUGAUAGGUUAAUAAUAAUUAGAAUGAAAUGCUUAGUGUAUUGUCUCAAAUUGUUGUUAUAGGUUUAGAAGAAAGGAAUCACGGGAAUUUUAAAUUUUCCGGCGAUACUUUGCUGGGGACCGUGCGUCAAGAUUAUGGGCUGCAUUUGCUCUAAAGGAGCAAAAGAUUACGACGACCAGAACCAGAAAUUAUCUUCCACCAAAAAUUCCAAGAGAGACGAAGCUGUAGAGGCUGAAGGUAAUAAUGGAAAUGGUUUUUCAAUUUCUAAACCGCCGUCACAAGAGAAUCUCAUACCAAUUCCUGUUACACUGGAUUUAGAGGAUCAAAAGUCAGUGGCUGUUGGACGCGGAGGAGGAGGAGGAGGAGGAACCCAUCAGAGAAGAGCAACAGUUGAUAUCGAAUACAAAGGUGGUGGUGGUGCAGGAGGAAAACACCACCAACAACCAUUUUCGAGGGCUGUUAGUCUUGUGCCUAAUGGCGUCAAGGGAGAACAGAUUGCUGCAGGAUGGCCAAUUUGGCUCACCUCCGUGGCCGCGGAAGCAAUCCAAGGGUGGGUUCCAAGAAAGGCAGAUUCAUUCGAAAAGUUAGAUAAAAUUGGGCAAGGGACUUAUAGCAACGUAUAUAAAGCUAGAGACCUUGAAACUGGCAAGAUGGUUGCAUUGAAGAAAGUGCGGUUUGUUAAUAUGGAUCCGGAAAGCGUACGUUUUAUGGCAAGGGAAAUUCACAUUUUGCGUAAGCUUGAUCACCCAAAUAUUGUGAAGCUUGAAGGUCUUAUUACUUCGCGAAUGUCAAGUAGCUUGUACCUUGUAUUUGAGUACAUGGAGCAUGAUCUUGCCGGUCUUUCAUCCUCACCUGGUACCAAAUUUACAGAACCACAGAUUAAGUGUUACAUGAAACAACUACUUUGUGGACUUGAGCAUUGUCAUAGUCGCGGGAUCCUGCAUCGAGACAUAAAGGGUUCAAAUCUUUUGCUUGACAACAAUGGCAUUCUUAGAAUUGCUGAUUUUGGACUGGCAACCACUAUCACUCCUAACCAGACGCAACCACUGACAAGUCGUGUAGUAACUCUUUGGUAUCGACCUCCAGAACUUUUGCUGGGUACUACAGAAUAUGGGGUAGCUGUGGAUCUCUGGAGUAGUGGUUGCAUUCUUGCGGAAUUGUUUGCCGGAAAACCUAUCAUGCCAGGAAGAACAGAAGUGGAACAAUUGCAUAAGAUCUUCAAGCUUUGCGGUUCACCAGCAGAUGACUACUGGAAGAAAAAAAAGCUUCCACAUGCAACCAUUUUUAAACCCCAACAUCCUUACAAGCGCUGCAUUGCGGAGACAUUCAAGAGUUUCCCUUCUACGGCUUUAGCUCUUCUCGAUGUUCUUCUUGCAAUAGAACCUGAAGAUCGAGGAACAGCUAGUUCAGCUCUUAAAAGUGAUUUUUUCACAACAAAACCUCUUCCUUGUGAUCCAUCAAGCUUGCCCAAAUAUGCCCCGAGCAAGGAGUUCGAUGUGAAACUCCGGGAUGCAGAAGCUAGGAGGCAAAAAGGAGCAACAGGAAAAGGGCGGGGAUCAGAAGCUGGAAAGGACAAGUCUAAAGAUUCCAAGGCCGAUGUGCAGGGACAAGCAAACCCAAGAAGCAAUACACAAGAGGAAGGUGGUACCGGUUUACAUAUUGAGGGUCAUAAAGGAACUGCACAAAUUGGUUCCACAAAUCAUAAAGCAAUACAUUAUGGUUCUACUACUAAUGGUGGUCCUGAGUUAAGGUCUCAGAGAUCCUACAUGCAUCAAGCAGUUGACAAAGUGUCCAAUUUAACAGCGAGAAGCACCGCACAAUGGGACAACCCAAGACACAGAAGUACAGAUGCCCACAGGCUUGGGCCACAAUUGAGUAUUCACUAUGAUAAUUUCGAUGAUGCUGAACCGUUUGUCAAGGGAAAAUGGAACAAACAUGGAGCCGCCUCAGCUCAGAAAAAAGAUGAGAAAGUGUUCCACAAGGACUCAAUGCAGGCUUAUGCACCAAAGAAAAGCAGGAUGCACUACUCUGGACCUCUAAUGCCUCCAGGAGGAAAUAUUGAAGAAAUGCUCAAAGAACAUGAACGACAAAUUCAACAAGCAGUUCGCAAAGCUCGUCUUGGAAAAGCCAAGUCCAAGGAGUAUGGUGAUGAGAGUGACCAGACUGAAUCGCUAAAUGGCCAUAGGAAGAUUGGUAGGUGAUGAGUGAAAAGAAAUUAUACUGCGUAUAAUUAGUUUGUUCCAUGGUGAUGACCCGCAUCUAGAUGUGCGGUAUCUCGUUGCUAACAGAGAAAACACCAAAAUGCAGCCUCUUCAAGAUAUAGAGAAGGUUCACCAUUUUGAUGGGUAUGUUCUGAAACCCAAGUAUUUCAGAAGACAAAAAAGAAACUGACAGUGGCCGGCCACUGACAAAUUACUUUUGCUGGACCAGGGUUGGUUGUGGACAAACUUCUGGGGAAAAUGUUGCUAGAAAAGUGUGAGAGGGGUAUUAUGUGAUUUUGUUUGUGGAAAUUAGAUAUCUUCUUUGUGCCAAUGAGAAAUUUGUUCUGUACAGAUGAAGAAGAAGAAGAAAAGGGUUUGCUGCAUUCACUGCACCAUUUCGAUUGUAAGCACUCUCAAACUUGAAGAAAACCUAUGUGUCAGUUCCUGUAUAUUAGAUUUAACGUCCAGUUUCAGAUAAUGUUCUGUGGCUUGACUUGUACCUACUUAACAUAGAAAUAUACUAUUAAUCAUUCCUUUA